AUGACCACCCAACCCCACCGACGCGCUGUCUCCGGUGACGUUGAAAGCCGCGACGACAUAGUGGAUGCGUCAGGAGAUUCUAACGGUGAGCAUGAGGAGGUUUCAGUUGAGAAAGGGUUUGAGGGAAAAUCAGUGCCGACAUGGCAGAAACAGGUUACGGUUAGGGCUGUGUUCGUGAGUUUGCUUUUGUCGGUGUUGUUUACGUUCAUUGUGAUGAAGCUUAAUCUUACCACUGGUAUUAUUCCUUCUCUCAAUGUUUCGGCUGGGUUGCUAGGGUUCUUCUUUGUGAAAACUUGGACGAAGUUGCUUGGGAAAGCUGGUAUGCUUAAUCAGCCGUUUACCAGACAGGAGAAUACUGUUAUUCAGACUUGUGUUGUUGCUUCAAGUGGCAUUGCUUUCAGUGGUGGGUUUGGUAGCUACUUGUUUGGAAUGAGUCCAACUAUUGCAAAACAAAUUCCAGAAUCGGGAAGUCCCAUUGAUACUAAAGUUCCUGGUUUAGGAUGGAUGAUUGCAUUUCUGUUUGUUGUUAGCUUUCUUGGCCUCUUUUCGGUGGUUCCACUCCGAAAGAUUAUGAUUGUUGAUUUUAGAUUGACAUAUCCAAGUGGUACUGCAACGGCUCAUCUUAUCAAUAGUUUCCAUACAACAGAAGGUGCCAAACUAGCAAAGAAACAAGUACAAGCACUUGGAAAAUUCUUCUCAUUUAGCUUUGCGUGGGGUUUCUUCCAAUGGUUCUUCACUGCUGGUGAUGCUUGUGGAUUUGUAAACUUCCCAACAUUUGGUUUAGAAGCCUAUCAAGAAAAGUUCUAUUUUGAUUUUUCUGCAACCUAUGUGGGGGUUGGGAUGAUAUGUCCAUAUAUAAUCAAUAUAUCCCUUCUGGUUGGUGGAAUUCUUUCAUGGGCUAUCAUGUGGCCUCUCAUUGAUGGGAAAAAAGGAGACUGGUACCCUGCCGAUCUCAAACAAACCAGCUUACAUGGUCUUCAAGGCUACAAAGUUUUCAUAGCCAUAGCAAUGAUUCUUGGUGAUGGUUUAUACAACUUUGUGAAAGUUCUAGGCCGCACUCUUUUCGGUUUGUAUAAUCAAUGGACUAAAGAAAAAGGAGUACAAUCCAAUGAUUCAAAUGAUCAUCUCUCUCAAAUAGUUUCGUUCGAUGACAGGCGAAGAACCGAGAUGUUUCUCAAAGAUCAAAUUCCAUCAUGGUUCGCAGUCACAGGCUAUGUCAUAAUUGCAAUCAUCUCAAUCGUCACUAUCCCUUACAUUUUCCAUCAACUUAAGUGGUAUUACAUAGUCUGCAUUUACAUCAUUGCACCAGCACUGGCCUUUUGCAAUGCCUAUGGUUGUGGACUAACAGAUUGGUCCCUUGCAUCGACCUACGGAAAAUUGGCCAUCUUCACUAUAGGUGCUUGGGCAGGAUCUUCUAACGGCGGCGUCAUAGCAGGUUUAGCAGCAUGUGGUGUAAUGAUGAACAUUGUUUCUACCGCUUCUGAUCUUAUGCAAGACUUCAAAACAGGUUACAUGACACUGGCUUCCCCAAAAUCUAUGUUUGUGAGCCAAGUUAUUGGAACGACCAUGGGAUGUGUUAUAUCACCAUGUGUUUUCUGGCUUUUCUACAACGCUUUUCCUUCUCUAGGUGAACCUGGUUCAGCAUAUCCGGCACCUUACGCCCAAGUUUAUCGAAACAUGGCAAUAUUAGGUGUUGACGGAUUCUCAGCAUUACCCAAAAAUUGCCUCACACUUUGCUAUGUGUUUUUCGCUGCAGCCAUAGUGAUCAAUCUUGUUCGCGACCUACUUGGAAAGAAAUACGCCAAGUUUAUUCCCGUUCCUAUGGCUAUGGCUAUACCAUUUUACAUUGGAAGCUAUUUUGCUAUUGAUAUGUGUGUUGGAAGCUUGAUAUUGUACAUUUGGCAGAAACUUGAUAGAGCUAAAGCUGAUGCAUUUGGAUCAGCUGUUGCUUCAGGGUUGAUUUGUGGAGAUGGAAUUUGGGCACUUCCCAGUUCUUUUCUUGCUCUUGCUGGAGUACAGCCACCUAUUUGUAUGAAAUUCUUGUCUAGAGGAGACAAUAUUAAGGUUGAUGGAUUCUUAACAGGCUGA